UCAACUAGGAAGUGGAGUUACGUUGACUGCGUCCCGACGACCUGCGGCCUUAUCUCUACGCAACAGAACCACAGGAACAUGUUGCGCAUUCUGGACAACAGGCGCUGACAAUGUGCGCAGAUUUCCCCGCAGGUUCCUCAGACUUGUAGAGUUUUCCUGUGGGACCAGUCUAUGUGUUGGAGAGGCAGCAUGUCCGCUCCCACGAUCCCAGUGGCUCUGCUCCUUCUCCUCCUCCCAGCCAUCGUCUCCACUGCACCAGGGGUCCAAAAACUGACCAUCACCCCUGACAGAGGCACCACCUUCAACAUCACCAGCACCCAGGUCAAAGGUUGUAAGGUGUGCACAGGGGCAGGUCUCUCCCGGAGAUGUGAUGCAUCUCUGCUGUUAAAUGCAAACUCUCCUGGGUCAGUGGAGUUCGAGUGCCCCCGACCUCAAGAUGCUUUCAAGGUCGAAAUUAGCCGCAGUAUAGAAUGUACUACAAAUUCAUGCACUGGCCACAUCAUCCAGUCUGACUCCGGCUCCCUUCCUCUGCUGGAUUUUAACCGCAAGUUCACUUGGAACCUGAAGGCAGCGGCACCAAAAGCGUUCAAAAUAGACUUCAGCGGCACAGGUCUGAAACAGAUUAAUCCGUCCGAGAGCUGUGCGGACAGACACAGCUACACCCUCCAGGCCCUGCAGUCUACAGGGAGUGUGGCCGUAGGGAAAUACUGCAGAGUCGGCGCUAUCAGCAGCGCUCAGAUACUGAGUCUGGGCAGCUUUUCUCUGGAGGUCCCAGGAGGGCAGAAGCUGCAAAACGGCCAGUUUGAAGUGUCCGUCGGGGAGGAAAUCAAAUCCCUUGCCAAAAUCACGCUGACGUUACCAAAGGGGACCUCGUCCUCCGUGCUGCUCUCUCCAAACUACCCGGACAGCUUCCCUGACGACGAUUUGAUGGAGUGGUACUUUCACGUUCCGGACAUGAAACACAAGACGGCCGUAAGGUUCUUUAACCUCACACAGCCCAGAUGUCUGAAGAAGGAGACGGCCGUGGAGUACCACAGCAAAGGGAGAGCAGCGCUGGUGCAGAGUGUGACGGAUCCGAAGCUCGAGCAGAGGUGGGGGAACUUCUCCAUGACGCUGAGGAACUGUGAGAUGGAAAGAAGACGAGCUGAUUCUCCUGGACUCAGCCUACAAGUCCAGGUGUCCACUUCAAGUGCAAGUGCAAGAUCAUUAGUGUUGUGCAAAGUGGACCUGAGCAAAGCGGGGGGGCUCUUUCUUUACAUCAGGAAGCUGAGUCCGACUUCUGCCUGUGAGAUGAAGAUCAACUCUGUGACCACUGAGAACAUCACGGUCAAUUCAAACAGUGACCUGUCGUUCCUGGACUGCACCCCCGAGGACGUAGAGGUCACCGCCAUGAAAGUUAUUGAGUGUCGUGACCCCCGAGACUGUCCAAAGACUCCGGUGCGCCUCUCGCUGCCCGUGCUGCCGGGCUGCCUCCCGGCCCCUGUGAGCAGCGUGACCUGGCAUCUCCGCCCCCCCACGCACGGCACCGUGGAGCUGACCUCCCCCGCCGGACCCCUCAGACAGUCCCUACCUGGGCAGCUGUGCAACGACAGCCUCAUCAUCAAAGUGUCCGAAGACGACGGCACAAGCAUCGGACACUUCUGUCCUCAGGGAACGAUACAGAAGAUCCAGAUCCACACCAACAUGUCCGUCACCGCGUCCAACACGGGGAGGCACGCACUGAGGACCUGUUACAAGAACGUGCUGGACGCCUGUUUUAAAGAGGAGAUAUCGGAAACGUACAUCUUCACUGUAUCUUCAAAGAAAAACGCCGCCGUCCUCUUGGCCACUCCCGGUUGGCCGGAGGGAAUGAAACCUUACGCCACCGUCUCUUGGAUCGUCUCCGUGCCACCGAAGAUGGAGGCGCACCUGAUGUUUGCCAACGUCAGCCAGCCCAAGUGCAGCAGCCGCCACACCAAGAUCAGGGUGCAGAGGGUCGGCCGCCGGGAGGAGGACUACAGCCGCCGGGAGGAUGAAGAGGCUGAGCAGGAGAUCACAGUGUCAGAGAGAUUCUACCUCAACAUGUCCAACUGCAUGCCAGAGAGAAGGCAAUUCAGCGUCAUCACCAAGAUCACGCUUCAGGAGAGCAAGAACUUUCUGCUGACCACCAUCCUGAGUGUGGUGGCCGCUCUGUUGGUCAUUUUCACCAUCGUGCUGGUAGUCGUCUGUCUGGUCAUUAGGAAGAAGAAGAAGCUGCUGAAUCAUCAGGUUUCCAUCUACAAUCCGAACGGCACCAGCUUCCUGCCCGGACAAAACAACUUCCCCAAAUCGCGUGAAGACAACGAGUCCCAUGUGUACGCCUCCAUCGAGGACACGCUGGUCUACACACACCUGCUGAGAAAGGGAAUGGAGAUCGGCGUCUACGGAGAGACCGACACGUACCGGUCCUUCCCCGGACACACAGACUCUCAGAAGCCGCUGGUCUCCAAAACCUCCAGCGUCAAUGACUCGGCUGAGGGGGUUUAUCGCCCGUUCUCGUACCCAGCACCAGGGGGUCCUCCGCUUCCCAACAGGCCUCCGAGCCAUGAGUUGGUGGACAAUGAGAUUUACCAGAUGGAGGACCCGAUUGGGGGGGAGCACUCUCCGAGGCUGGGGCCGAGGCUGGAGCCGGAGGGAGGAAACUGAGGAGGAGAUUGGAUUCACCUUUUCUUCUUCCUACUUGGUCAUUUGACAUAUUCAUUCCCUGGCAUCUGUGUGAUUACCUGCAGCUCAGCCCUGAAAGGAGCUCUGUUUUCUGAGCGUAGUUUUGCAUCACAGCCACGCACAUAAAAUAACGCUGUUCAAACGUGCAUGCUGCUGUUACCUUUUAUUUUAAAUGAAGAUACAUUUUAUUCUCAAAGUAUCAAUCACCCCCUAAAUACUAGUUCUUCCCACUGUAAAGCGCUGUUUUCCUUUCAGACAAUGAAUGUUUUACACUUUUAGAUAUUGUACAUGUGUCAUUUUGUACAUAUUAUGGAUGUUUGUACUGUGUGCCGUUUAAAUGCUGAGUUUUACAUAUUUUUAUCUGAAUAGAGAGGAGGACUCCGCUGCUGUUGCAAUGAAUUGCACUUUCUGGCAUCAUCUGAACCUGAAGGCUGAUGAUAGUCUGUGUUGCAGGCGAUUGCAGCAGCAGUGACUGUGCACCGAGUCCUCCCUGUGUGUCUGUUAUCACUGUCCCUCCGCCUGCUGCCGAGGCUUCUAGUAAUCACUACACUGUAAAUAUGCCCUGCAGAGCUGGUAGAUACACUCCUGCUACUACAGUUUAGGAUUUAAAAGUUGUAUUCCAACAGGAUUAAGUAAAACAUUGUGCUUUUGUUGUUUUGUUUUUUUGACCCAUCUCAAGGAAAUCUCAGCACUGAAGACGUGAUGCUUUGUCUUUGGUGCUUGUUUCCAUUCUGCUGGACUUUAGCGACAUGGAAUAAAAAGCCUUGUACACUCUCAA